UGUAUUUCGAUAAACAUCUAUCUAUAUCCCAAGUAAUUUUCAAAAUCGUUUGUUCUAAAUAAUUUGUAGCAACAACUUUUAAUAUGCAUAAUAGUUCUCUUCUGAGAUUCGCUUACUGAAACUUUUUCAUUGAAGGCACAAGCUAAAUGUCAUAGUGUAAGAAGAUAGAUAGAUAGAUAGAACAGAGAGAUAGAAAGAGAAAAAUAAUUAGAUAGAGAAAGAGAGAGGUUGUAAAGAAUUUAACACCACAUUUCAAUCUACAGGUUUCCUUUUAAUAUAUAUACGGUGUGACCGUUGGACCGAGCGAAGCAUGAUAUGGUCAUUGGCGUGUACCAAGUGAUAGUCAUAAUUCUGUUCAAGUUGCACAGAAUGACCUCAGCUCGCCGUCCUCCCGAUCCAGUCUUCACCCUAAGGGGAAGUGGCUGUCCCAUCACCUGUCUGAAGUUUUCUGACCAGUGGCUAUUUUCUGGAUCAGAAGAUGGUACUGUCCAUAUCUGGGACCUGAGAACUCGCCGGCCACUGGGGACACUGCCGGCUCAUCCCGGGCACUCAGUGCUGUGGAUCGAGUUUUUCACCAAUGAUCAGAUGGUGACUUUUGGUAAAAAUGGUGUGGCUAAUGUUUGGAGAGCUGCAGAAUCAUCCUGGAAAUGUACAGAUGAGAUAAAGACAUCAGCAAUGGGGUUCUGUCCUGGUGCUAUGCUGAAACAUGACAAUUUACUUGCCCUUCCAAGUGAUAAAACUUCAGCAGUCGACUUGUAUGAUAUUAAAACUCUGAAGAAAGUUGGAUCCCUCUAUGAUACUGGUUCAAACUUUGGAAUGACAAUGAGUUUAAAGUCAGUUUCUGAAACUUCUCAGUUUUUUGUUGGAUAUGAAGAUGGCAGUGUUGGAUUAUGGGAUAGCAAACAGUCUCAGAUCUUGGACAAGACUAAAUUCUUCCAUGACUGUGUGAUGUGUCUUGAUUACAACUCUGUUGCUAAUCUAGGGAUUUGUGGAUCUCCAAGCAAUGAAUUAGCAACGUGGAACAUUGCAGAGAGAUUAAUAAAUAGAACAACCAACUUAGGAGUGACAAACCCAGGGUUUAACGAUGUUCGAAUUCGUGAUGACCACAAGAUUAUAGCCACAGCUGGUUGGGAUCAUCAGGUGCGGAUCUUUGGGGUGCGGAAUAUGAAGCCCCUAGCUGUGUUAUCGUAUCACAAGGACAGUGUUCAAUGCUUGGCCUUUUCCAAUGACAAUUUACUGGCAUGUGGUUCCAAGGACCAGCACAUUAGUCUCUGGAAAAUCUUCUGAUUUAAGAUUUUCACAUAACAUGUAACUGUUUUCAUGUGAUUUUUGUGGAAAUUAAUAAAUACAAGAUUUAUAUA